GCAGCCUCGACGCCUCUUCUCACUUUGUCAUCAGAUUCAGGCCAUCUGAAGGAACCAACAGAGAUACCGCGGUCCAUCGUCGCACCGUCACGGCCGUCCAUUCUACCCGCCGAGACGGCGACCGGGGCUUCUUGUCGCCUCGCCGUGCCCUCUUGCAGUCUCUGCCUCGUUUCUGCUCCCCUGACCCGCUGCUAUCAGCGCCUGUCACGCCCCACGUGGCGUCCCGCAAUUGGCGGGAGAGCCGGGUCGAGGGGGUGUGCGCUCGCCCACCGCCUCUCGGGGCAGGGCAACAAAAUGAUAUUCUCGAUUGGUGACCCCCAACCCUCUUUUUCCAACCCCCCCCUUCCCUUUCGCUUCCUUUCCUUCUUCCUUCUUUCUUUCGUGCUCCCAAGAAGAGGGAAAUAGAGAGAGAGAGAGAGAGGAAAAAUAAAGGAGGGAAGAGAUCUCAGUGUCAGCUUCCAAUCUAAUCUAAUGCCUAUCUAAUUGUGUCCACAGUGGAAGGGGGGAUGGGGGAUCGGAUAUAAAAGCCGCGGGUGCAGCUGGAAUUUCUUUUCCCCCUUUUCUAACAGAUGCGAGGUCUACGGCUGCGGCCGAGUUAGUCAUAUGAUUCUUGUUCUUGUCUUCUUGGCCACCAGAGUCAAGCAUGCAGGACUGAGGCUCCAAAGAUGAGGGAAGACAGCUCUUUGUGUGAUAACAUGAUAGAUAGGAAUUGGGUCUUGAAGCGCAAGCGGAAACGAGUAUCAAGUGGACUGAAUCUCUCUAAUGGAAAAGAGGCAUCUUCGCUACCUUCAGACUCUCCGAGGAACAUCCCUUUAGUUAAGAGGAAGCUGAAAGGUGAUAUUGAUGUUUCUCGAUUUGUUCGUAAGGUCAAAGGCCAUGAUGGGUAUUACUUUGAAUGUGUAGAAUGUGAUCUUGGUGGCAAUUUGCUCUGCUGUGAUAGCUGUCCUCGAACUUAUCAUCUUGAGUGUCUCAAUCCACCCCUCAAGCGUGCACCACCUGGGAAGUGGCAAUGCCCAAAGUGUUGUGAGCAAAAGGAUAAUAUGAAAAUGUUAGUAAAUGCAGAAUCCAGUUCAAGACGAGCAAGGACUAAGAGUGUAUUUGAAAAAUCUAAAAUUGUACAUAAAUUAUCUGGCCAUGACAGGACAUCGCUUUCUGGGAGAAGCUCCAGUCCUGGAAAGAAUAAAUUAAAUAACAAGAGGAAAGCUACUUUACCUCAGAGGGCUUCAUCUGUUGAAAAGAAGUCGGAAUUUUCUCGUAUUGAUACAUCUUACAGCACCAAGUCAAGCCGGUCAUGUGAUGGUGAAUCCAGAGAUGGCAUUUCUACAGCUGCAGAUAAUAAAAUUGAGAAGAAACCAGACUCACCAUUUUGUUGGAAAAGUACUCAUAAAGAAGUCCCUUAUCCUGUUAAAACUUUGAGCUCAGAUCCUGGUCAAAAAUCUCUGGAAGAGAAGUCUGACCCAUGUAAAAGAGAAGUGCAAAGAAAGAAACUUAUUCUUCCAUUAGUUCUGCCCUCUCAGAAGGCCAGAAAAAAGAAGCAGAGGGCUAACAGGGCAGACAAGAAGAAGAGGUCAAAAACUGGAAAAGGAAAACAUAUUGCUGCACCUGCUUGUGAUGACAUAUCAAAUGAAACUCCUCCAUGUCUAGAAACCAGUGGGUCAUUUCAAAAGCACACCUCAUUUGAUCAGCAGAAUUCUGUGCCUAACACAAAGGAAGAACAGAAAAUGGCAAAAUGUGCUAGUCGAAAACAGGCAUCCCUUGGGGGAGUUCCCCCCUCAUCACGAGGAUUAGAUGAACAAGGAGUGCAUGUAAAUAAGACAAUAAAACAUCAUGAGAAUCUUUGGAAUGGAGGACAAGAGGUUGAUCGAAUUUUGGGGUGUCGGGUGCAAACUAGUACUGUCUUGUCUUCAUUUCAUGUUCAAACAAUCAAAUCUGCUACUCCUUCAGAAGAAGCUGAGUCAGAAAGUAAUUCAGGAAGGCAAGUGAGUGGACUUCCAUGUGGUUGUAAUAUUUCAGAAAAUCAUGAAAAACAGUUAACAGACUCUUAUGAUGGCAGUAAAGAUUCAGAUAAGAAGGAUGGUAAAAGCAUACUUAAGGGAUGCCACAGAGAAGCAAAUUGGGUUGGCGAAAGAAAAGAUAUUAAUGAAGACUAUAAUGGCAAAAGACAUAGAACUCAUGAAUGUCCGAAUAAAAUGAAAGCUACGGCAUCCGUCAUAGAAUCUUCUGGGGAGAAAACUUGUGAAGUCAUUGAGGACUCUUUGGUAAAUGCGAUAGAUAUUGAUGAAGACACUGUUCUGAAAGUCUCUGUAGAAAGCAAAAAUGGGGAACUUGUGAGUCCAAGCAAACACGGCAAAUCUCAUACACCAAGGCCUUCUUGCCUAGAUGUCUCCUGUGAUUCAGAAUGUAUCGAUGUUGCAAGCAUGGUGACUCAACCAGAUAAAAGUGCUGAAAAUAGGACAUCUUCCAAGGUCAUGCAGGACUCCGGGCCUAAUGACAAAAGUAGUAUUAUGUAUGAAUUUUUUGUUAAAUGGGUAGGUCAAUCAAACAUCCAUAACAGUUGGGUUUCUGAAUCCCAGUUAAAAGUUUUAGCUAAAAGAAAGUUGGAGAAUUACAAGGCAAAAUAUGGAACCACUGUGAUAAAUAUUUGCAAGGAACAGUGGUGUGAGCCACAGCGUGCUAUUGCUCUCCGUGUUUCUAAGCAUGGUACUGAAGAAGCCUUGGUUAAAUGGCGUGAUCUUCCUUAUGAUGAAUGUACUUGGGAAAGAUUAGAUGAACCUAUCAUUGAAAAGUCUGCUCAUCUGAUUGCUGAAUUCAAACAGUUUGAGUCUCAAACUUUGGAUAAGGAUGUUGGGGAUGAUUUUCCAAGGAGUAAAGGUGAUUCUCAGGAUUUUUUUUCUUUGGUGGAGCAGCCGAAGGAGCUUCAAGGAGGUUCACUUUUUCCACAUCAGUUAGAAGCUUUAAACUGGCUACGCAAAUGCUGGCAUAAGUCUAAGAACGUGAUACUUGCUGAUGAGAUGGGGCUGGGGAAAACCGUAUCUGCUUGUGCUUUCAUCUCGUCCUUGUAUUUUGAGUUUAAGGUGAAAUUGCCAUGUCUGGUCUUGGUCCCUCUAUCCACAAUGCCUAAUUGGUUGGCUGAGUUUGCACUGUGGGCCCCUCAUUUGAAUGUUGUGGAGUAUCAUGGUUGUGCAAAAGCAAGAUCCAUUAUUCGUCAAUAUGAAUGGCAUGCCCGUGAUCCAACUGGAUCACAUAAGACAACAGAAUCAUAUAAAUUCAAUGUUUUAUUGACUACUUAUGAGAUGGUCCUUGCUGACUAUUCUCAUCUGCGUGGAGUCCCCUGGGAAGUACUUAUAGUUGAUGAGGGGCAUCGACUAAAAAAUUCUGGAAGUAAACUUUUUAGUCUGCUGAACACAUUUUCUUUUCAGCACCGUGUGUUAUUGACUGGAACCCCUUUGCAGAACAACAUAGGUGAGAUGUAUAACUUACUAAAUUUUUUGCAACCUGCAUCAUUCCCCUCUUUGUCAGCAUUUGAAGAGAAGUUUAAUGACCUUACAACGGCAGAAAAGGUGGAGGAGCUGAAAAAACUUGUUUCUCCACAUAUGCUUCGAAGGCUGAAAAAAGAUGCCAUGCAAAAUAUCCCCCCUAAGACUGAGCGCAUGGUUCCUGUUGAAUUAACAUCCAUACAGGCGGAAUAUUACCGUGCCAUACUUACGAGGAACUAUCACUUAUUACGUAACAUUAGAAAAGGUGGUGCUCUGCAGUCAAUGCUAAAUAUUGUCAUGCAGCUCCGGAAGGUCUGCAAUCAUCCAUAUCUCAUUCCAGGAACUGAACCUGAAUCUGGUUCAGUGGAGUUCCUCCAUGAAAUGCGCAUCAAGGCAUCAGCCAAGCUAACAUUGCUGCAUUCUAUGCUCAAGAUUUUACGUAAGGAUGGGCACCGUGUCCUCAUAUUUUCUCAGAUGACGAAACUUCUUGAUAUACUCGAGGAUUACCUGACUAUAGAAUUUGGUCCUAAGACAUUUGAAAGAGUGGACGGUUCAGUGUCAGUGGUUGAUCGUCAAGCAGCAAUUGCUCGUUUUAAUCAGGACAAAACUCGAUUUGUAUUCUUAUUAUCCACACGCUCUUGUGGCCUUGGGAUAAAUCUGGCCACAGCAGAUACUGUUGUUAUAUAUGAUUCAGAUUUCAAUCCACAUGCUGAUAUACAAGCAAUGAAUAGAGCACAUAGAAUUGGGCAAUCAAACAGGCUUCUGGUGUACAGGCUCGUGGUAUGUGCUAGUGUCGAGGAGCGCAUCUUGCAUCUUGCUAAGAAGAAAUUGAUGCUUGACCAACUAUUUGUGAACAAGUCAGAAUCUCAAAAGGAAGUGGAGGCCAUUCUUAGAUGGGGAACAGAAGAACUUUUUAAUGACCGUGAUGCUGUAAAUGGGCAAGAUUCAAAAGAAGCUUCUAGCAGCAAAACUGAUGCUGUUGCUGAUGGUGAGCAUAAGCAUAGAAGGAGAGCUGGUGGUCUGGGAGAUGUAUACCAGGAUAAAUGCACUGAUGGAUGCACGAAGAUCGUGUGGGAUGAAAAUUCAAUUUUAAAGCUUCUUGAUCGGUCAAACCUUCAGUCAGCAAUCUCUGAAAGUGCUGAUGGGGAGUUAGAGAAUGAUAUGCUUGGUGCAGUAAAGGCAGUGGAUUGGAAUGAUGAACCAAAUGAGGAACAAGGGGGGGCUGAUACGCUCCCUACUGUCGUUGUUGAUGGUUGUGAGCAGGCAUCUGAAGCAAAAGAAGAUAAUGCAAUCAGUGGUACCGAGGAAAACGAAUGGGAUAGACUUUUACGUGUCAGGUGGGAAAAAUAUCAGAUUGAGGAGGAAGCAGCUCUGGGUCGAGGGAAGCGCUUGAGAAAAGCAAUAUCUUACAAGGAAACAUUUUCUUCAAUACCAAGUGAAACUUUAAGUGAGAGUGGCAACGAUGAGGAGGAACCAGAGCCAGAAUAUACACCUGCCGGCCGGGCAUUGAAAGAAAAAUUUGCUAGGCUCCGUACUAGACAGAAGGAACGGAUUGCCCGGAGGCACAUCACGGAGGUUCCUACUUCUGUUGAUGUACCUGAGUUACCGACGCAACCACUUGUUCCUUCUGUCAAAGAAGGUGAAGACCUGAAUAUCAGCAAACCUCUGGAAAAUACAGGAGAACAGGCUUCUUCUGUCAAUCUGGAGGACACCAAAUUAUCUCAACCAUUUGCAACUACGAACUGGAGUGAGUCGACUGCAAGACUGGGAAAGUUCCUGAAGCAUGGGUACAAACAAUUCCAUGGGACUCAUCUGGAUCUUUCUGUCGGACCACCUGGAAAUCUUUCUCCUGAUACCUCUUUGCGUACCCAUCAGUACCAAAGUACGCACUUUGCAAAUUCAAUUUCUUCUGGCAACUUUCUACCUGUUUUGGGACUAUGUGCUCCUAAUGCUAAUCAGGUAAACUCAACAUCCCGAAAUUUCCGAUCUCUACCGAGCCUACCAACAUCGAAUCAUCAACAGAGAAGAAUGAGCAGUAGAUUGUCAGAAUUUCCAUUGCCACCUGCUGCUAACACUAGACCUUUAAAAGAUACAAAUAUUCAAGGUAGAGAAACAAGUGCAGAUACAUCUCUAUUGCCAAAGACAUCUCUAUUGCCUGAUACAUCUGGAGAAGCUUUGCAUCACCAUUUAAAGGAUAUCAUUCCCAACAGCUAUUUUCCCUUUUGUCCUCCUCCUCCUACAUCCUCUGGAAGGGCUCCUCAUGGUCCACUGGAUGGAUCACGUUCUUCUUUUGCCUCAUUUCAGGAGAAACUGGGUCUUCCUAGCUUAAUUCUUGAUGAUAAGACACUGCCAAGGUUCUCAUAUCUAUCAAGAACUUUGACGAAGCCACAUGCAGAUUUCCUACCAAGCUUGUCACUGGGCACAAAUAUGGAUUAUGUUAAUGGUUCCGUUCAGGAAUUGUCAAAUAUUCCCCAAGUUUCGAACUUUAGGCAAGAGAUGAGUGAUAUGAAGCAAAAAAAACUGAUGGCAGAGCUACCUCCAAUGCUUGGACUGGCUCCAAUGCAAGCUGGACAUUCGUCAUUACCUGAAAACCAUAAGAAGGUUCUUGACAACAUAAUGAUGCGAACUCAAUCGGCAACUAAUAAAUUCUUCAAGAAAAAAUUAAAGGCAGAUGCAUGGUCAGAAGAUGAACUUGAUGCUCUCUGGAUUGGUGUCCGUAGGCAUGGAAGGGGUAAUUGGGAAGCAAUGCUCAGAGAUCCCAGGUUGAAGUUCUCAAAGCAUAGAACCACUGAAGACUUGUCCACAAGAUGGACUGAGGAGCAGCGCAAGAUAAUGGAUGGGCCAGCUUUUGCAGCUGCAGAAUCUUCCAAGCCUACAUCAUUUCCUGGAAUCUCUGAUGGAAUGAUGACCCGGGCAUUGCUUGGAAGUGAAUUUGCCAGUCUUGGGACUGAACCACCUGAGUUUCACUCUCACCUGACAGACAUUCACUUGGGCUGUGCAGAUCUUACAUCUGGAUUUUCAUGUACUGAGCCGGCCAAUCAUAUUGGUGCAGUGAAUGAGAACUACACACCGGUCACAGCAUGGAAAUCCGACAAAAUGGGAACAAGUUAUGCAGGGGAUUUUUCUGCCCAACCAUUUGAUAGACUGGAGAAAAUUAAUAUACCUUUGAAUCAUUCAUUUCAACAUAUUUCUUUGGCAGGUAAUAGCUUUGGCUCUCUAGGCAUGAACUGUCCUAGCAGCUGUACUUUGCAGAAGGAAGAUGAAUUUUGUGCCCCUCAGAAUCUCUACUUCCCUAGUAUUUCAGACAAAUCAUUGAACUUGUUGCAUGAUUCCCAUAAUAAUGUUCAUUCUGGUGAAUCCAACAUGGGAAUGCCUCUCAAUGCCCAUAAGAAGUCAGUUUUCGCUGUUUCUCCUCCCAACAACGAUAAUGCUCCUGGCAGUUCAAAUACAAACAAUCUCCCCCAUUGGCUUCGAGAAGCAGUCAGCAUUCCAGCAUCCAGGCCACCAGAACCUGAUUUGCCCCCAGUUGUUUCAGCAAUUGCUCAAUCAGUUCGCCUGCUUUAUGGAGAAGAAAAACCAGCAAUCCCUCCAUUUGCAAUUCCGGGUCCACUCCCUUUCCAGCUCAAGGAUCCAAGGAAAAGUCUAAAAAGGAAGAGGAAGUUGCAGAGGCUUCGUCAAGUGACCCCUGAUAUCGCUGAUGCCAAAAAUUUUGAUCACACAGCUUCGAGCACCAUUCCUUCUGCACCACCAUUAAUGUCAUGUGCACCCAGUCUCCCUUGGACUGAUGUCGAUGAAAGCGUCCCAGCUCUGAAUUUGAAUCUAAAUUCACCAUCAUCUACAUCAUUUUUGACACAAGGAAAUAAGCAAGGCAUGACACUGUCACCAUCUCCUGAAGUGCUCCAAUUGGUAGCAUCUUCUGUGGCUCCUGGUCCUUGCACAAUCCCAGCAACUGACAUGCCUGGCACUAGUUGCCAAAGAACUGAUUUGCCCUUGUCAAAAGAUCUCGAAAAUUUCGAACAAGAUGGAAAGAGUCUGAUUGGAGAUUUCAAGGGCAUUCGUGGAAAGCGGAAGGCAAGUAAGAACUCACUUUUAGGUUGCUGGGGGAAACUAACAGAUAAGCAGGUUGAUCUUGCAGAGAGUGGAGACUCGAGUAAAACUCGGUCAGAUCCCGAUCGAACAGACCAGCUCAAUAUUGAGGAAAUUUCAUCAGAAGAAGCUGUAUCAAAUGAUAAUGGAAGUGAACAUAAAUCAUAAACCUUGUCGUAUUUUUGGCUUUUGCCUUCUUCCUUAUGCUAGCAAAGUUUGGUCCAUGAAUGUGCCGCUUUCAUCCACAUGGCUUAGGGAGUGUUAUCUGAGAGCAAAUGGAAUGAGACAUCUUUUUUCAAAGCAUCUAUAUAAGAAAUAUAAUCUUUCCAAUUCA